AUGGAGGUUAUUCGAAGCUCCCCUGAAGCAUCCUCGUUCAUGCCGCUGGCCGAACACCAGUCGCGCACCCCAAGCUCCUUCUACUCCGGACCCCCAGUACUGUACCACCACAGCCAGCGCUGCAAGAUCGUCAUCCUCGAGCGCGAGCUACUUGCAACCCCAGCAUUGAAUGCCCUGCGCGGCCAGGAAGCUGUGAGCAACGGCGCCACAAACCAGGACCAGCAGGAUGACGACGAGAAGGAGGUCGCAAUCUCAGGCGUGGAUACGUGGGUGACAUCCGACAAGUUCUUCAUCUACUCCCCCGCCGCGUCAGCAGGCGUGUCAAUCCCUUACCCUUCGAUCUCACUACACGCACUCCAACGGCUUCGUGUCCCAGACACAGACGCCGAAGUCCAAGGCUUGUAUAUGCAGAUCGCCACGCCUAGUGCGCCCUCCGCCGACGAUGAAGAGGAAUGCAUCACAAUGACAGUGGUGCUACCCUCCGAUGCUACGCUACAAGAGCCCGUGAAUGCGGAGACGGAUACACCCACACAGCAGCUUUACGAUGCUGUGUCGGCGUGCUCCAAUCUACACCCUGACCCUGUAGAGCAGGGCGAUGAGGAUGAGGAGGAUGGUCCUAAAUUCAUUUCAGCUGAGGAGCACGAUGGUGUCUUCCAGCUUGGAAACGGUGAUCUGCCUCCACCUGUUGAUGGGAGCUCUGGAUGGAUCACUGCGGAUAAUAUGGAUCAGUUCUUUGACGCGGAUGGGAAUUGGAUUGCUGCUGGUGAGCCGCCUUCUUUCCCGCUUGGGCCUGGAGCUGGGACUGUUAGGGCCCGAGAGGAGGAGAAUGGGGUCGAAGAGAAUGGAGGUGAGGAUGAGACCAAGUGGCGCAAGACGGACUGA